UGAUCAGGCAACCGACACCACUAGUGCAACAAUGCCAACGCACACAACCCAGGCAAUUUCUACAACUACACGUCACUCCUCACCUCGGGACAGAGAUCACACGAGCUCUAAAAACUUCCGAUUACUGGCCAGCAAUGUCGCCCUCGUCGAUGCCUAUGUUCUGUCAUCAUACACAGUUUCGUCAAUCAUCAAAUGCAGUCAGUUGUGUUUUGCUGAUUUCCGUUGCUCGUGUUAUACUUACAUCGCCUGCGAGGGUUUGUGCUUACUCGGCAAGGAAUGUCUGGCGACGUCUACAUACGCUUUUGAAAGACGACCCGGAGCUAAAUUCUAUUCGGCACUUCUUGAAGAUCAGGACUAGAAAGUAUGCAGCUAUAAAUACGGGCGCCGCUAGACCACUUUGAAACUGGUAGUGGUGGUUGCAAAAUUGCCGACUAGGUAGCUCUAAUUUUCAAAAAGCCCUGGAACACAACAACAAGCAAACAUUUUGAAGAUGCCAACUACA